CAGCGUCUGUCGCGUUCAAGUGUUGGUUGAGGAGAAAUCUGUGAAUCGAGGCAUAGCGGCAAUGGACGAGUCGGAGUUGCAGCAGAACGGGCCUGCCGAGGCAGGACCCGCAGAGGCAGACGCAGAGGUACGCCAGGUGCACGGACGAGCGAUAGAGCGCAUGAUGCGGUGCACCGUAGAUCAUCCGAUGACGACGCGUGUGUGUAUGUGUGUGCAGGAGAUGAAGGCGAUGUUUGGCAAGAAGAAGAAGAAGGGAACCAAGAAGAAAAAGGCCGACGAUGAAGGUAUGUGGGCGGACACCGACCAAAAAUGCCGCGGAGCGCCGUCAUGCUUGGUGUCCCUGUGUGUGUAUAUGUGUGUGUGUGUGUGUGUGUGUGGUUGUACAGCUGCCGACCAGAAGGCCGAGGAGUUUGUUGAUGGGUCUGGCCAGCCAUUCGUCAAGGGCAAACUACACCCAUACAGCUUCGUAAGCUCACCACGCCACACAUCCGGAUGACUGACUUGUGUGCAUCCAAUGUGCCUGUGUGCGUGCGUGUCCUUCAGUUGCUGUCUCGGCUGUACGAGCGCAUCAAUGAGUCGAAUCCCGAGUUGGGUCAGCGGAAGCGGUACACUCUCAAGCCGCCCCAGGUGGUGCGGGUCGGCUCCAAGAAGGUCGCGUGGAUCAACUUCGCUGAAAUAUGCAAAAUGUACGCCGCAGCCACUCGUGCACCCCACCGACACGUCACGCGUGAGCUGAGUCAUUCCUGACUGUCUGAUUGUGUGUGUGUGUGUGUGUGUGUGUGUGUGUGUACCAGGAUGAAUCGUAGCCAGGACCACGUGAACCAGUUUGUGUUGGCUGAGUUGGGUACGGAGGGGUCGGUGGCGGGCGACGACCAGCUGGUGCUCAAGGGCAAGUACGGGCCCAAACACAUGGAGAGCCUCCUCAGGAAAUACAUCGGUGAGUCUGUCUGUGGCCACAGACACCUCACCACACACAUGUACCCGACACAACCACUUGUGUGUGUCGAUUGAUCAGACGAGUACGUCAAGUGUCACAUGUGCAAGAGUCCCAACACGGCUCUGCAGCGCGACGCCGCCACCCGGCUGUACACCCUCAUCUGCUACAACUGCACCGCACAGCGAACCGUCUCACAAAUCAAGUCGGGAUUCCACGCAGUGGCCAGGGGAGAGAGGAAAAAGGCCAAGGCAGCCACAUAGGAAGCC